UGAUGAAUCUAAAACUGUUCAAUUAGAUACAAGGAUAUCUAUUGACUAGCUUCCGCAAAAUCCCUUAUUCGUAUUGCAGCCACAGAAAUCAUGGCUCCCUAUUGGCCCCCCCAAACCGGAGCUCGGGCUCGGGAGGAAUCGGGACACCGAAUUGUAUGAGAAUAGUAUUCAAGAGGGGUAUAAAAGUGGGGAAAGGAAUGAUAGCCUUCGUAAAAAAUCGCCACUAUGCUCAGAACCUCUAUUACUCGACUUCCUGUGCGCCAGGUUGCGAUCGGUGCGCUACGUGUUCGUGCCAUCGCGUCCAGCGCCACACAUCAUCCUACCACAAUACAAAAUACUAUUUCAGAGGUUAAUGUGGUACCGCAUCAUAUCCAGGAGCGCGACCGUCGAGGCAUUGCCACCUCCUCUUCCCCUCUGACUCGUGUUGACGCAGUCAGCACUGUGCCGACCAUGCAAGGCGACUGGGUACUGUUCCACCCAGUGUAUACUCGCGAAGAAGUUGAAGCCGUCGAGGUCUUACACCGUGAAGCCAAGACCAUCUCAGAUAAGCUUGCGUACGGCCUCGUCAGGUUUGCUCGAUGGGGCUACGACUUCGUCUCGGGCUACAAGCACAAACCCAUCUCACCAGAUUCCAAAAUGACACUCCAACAGCUAAGGAAAGAAGGAUAUUUGUUAGACGAACAAGGAUGGUUGAACCGUAUUCUGUUUUUGGAAUCAAUCGCCGGUGUACCAGGAAUGGUAGCAGCGACUCUGAGGCAUCUCCAGAGUCUCCGGCUGAUGAGACGAGAUAGUGGCUGGAUACACACCUGCCUAGAAGAAGCCGAGAAUGAACGGAUGCACCUCAUGACAUUUAUGACGCUUCGUCAACCAUCACUCUUUUUCCGUGGCAUGAUUCUCGGCGCGCAGGGAGUUUUCUACAAUCUGUUCUUCUUCGCAUAUAUGAUUUCGCCGAAAACUUGCCAUCGUUUCGUUGGCCAUCUAGAGGAGGAGGCUGUUGUAACCUAUACUCGCUGUAUCCAAGAGAUGGAAGCGGGACGUAUUCCGGAGUGGUCCGACAUGCCAGCUCCGCAGAUUGCAAUCGACUACUGGCGUCUCUCAUCGGAUGCCAAAAUGCUGGAUGUCGUAUACGCAGUACGAUCUGACGAGACGACCCACCGAUUCGUCAAUCACAGUCUAGCCAACCUCAACACGAGUGCAGACGUGAAUCCAUUUGCCAUGCGUGAGCCAGAUAUGCAUGUGAAGGGAAAGCAAAUCGAGUUCAAGAGAGAUGAGUCGGAGAGAUAUGUGCAGGAAUCGCACGAUAUCAUGGUACAGAAAAAGAAGGAAGUGCAACCAGAGAGACUUUCACAGUGAGGCAUUGGGGGAUUUCACAUUUGUAUUUGUAUACCGACCAGGACAUUUAAUUUGGCUCAUCAUCAACUGUCCCAGCUCAAUUAGUACUGUUAUGUAUUGUAUUUUCGCUUACUUUGUACAUUCGACAAUAAUUGAUUUUAGAUUUCUGUGGAAAAUUGUAGCUUGUGCGGUGAAAGUUCCGAGUAGUCGUUUG